AUUACUUUCUAAAUAUGAAUUAUUAUCUUAUUUAUUAUUACUAUUACUAUUACUAUUACUAUUAUUUUUAUUUUUAUUAUUAUUAUUAUUAUAAUUAUUAUUAUUAUUAUUAUUAUUAUUAUUAUUAUUAUUAUUAUUAUUUUCAUUUUAAUCUAUUUUUAUUUUUUUUUAAAUUUAAGAAUUUUUAUUUUCAUUAUUAUUUUCUUCUUCUUAUUUAAAUAUUUCUUCAUACUUUUCAUCCUUUAUAUAUAAUUGUUUUAAAUACAUAUAUUUUAUCUUCUUUCUAUAUAAUUUUCAUUUUAUUUUGUUUAUUUAUUUUGUAAUUAAUCAGAAGUUAUUUUUUAUGAUAUUUCUUAUUCUUUUUUUUAUAAUAUAAUUGCCCUAGAUUUUGUUCCUAAUUUUUUUCUUGUACUUGUUCUUGUUCUUGUUCUUUUUUAUUAUUAUUCUUCUUCUAUUAAU